GACUAUAUAAGACUUCGCCCAAACCAGCCGCGCGCUAUUACGACAGUGCCUCUGUGAUUUUUCCCGCCGUCAUAUAGUAUUUAAUUCAACAAUAAAGAUGCAAAGGUGGUUGGUGGUGGCUUUCGCGGCGGCGCUGGCGUGCCUGGCGCACGCGCAGAAGCCUGGCCGCUUCCUCUCGCUGCCCGUGCCCGAGAAGUGCGCUAACAGACCAAAGGAAUUCUUCUACCGCGGACACAACUACUUCUACAGCGGGCACGUGCCCGCGCUGGCCAACAGGAAGAUGGACUGGCUGGACGGCCGCAACCUCUGCCGCGAGUACUGCAUGGACCUCGUCUCGCUGGAGACGCAGGAGGAGAACAACCUCAUCUUUAAGCUUAUUCAGCAGAAUGACGUGCCCUACAUUUGGACCUCCGGUCGUCUCUGCGACUUCAAGGGCUGCGACGGGCGCAAGGACCUCGAGCCCAAGAACCUCUUCGGCUGGUUCUGGUCCGCCAACCGCGAAAAGAUCACGCCCACCAACAGGAUCCCCAACGGCUGGGGCUACAACCCGUGGUCCCAGACCGGUCACAAGAAGCGGCCGCAGCCCGACAACGCCGAGUUCGACAUCAACCAGACCGCCGAGUCGUGCCUGUCCGUGCUCAACAACGUGUACAACGACGGCAUCGCAUGGCACGACGUCGCCUGCUACCACGAGAAGCCCGUCGUCUGCGAGGACUCCGAGGAGCUCCUCAACUACGUCGCCAGCACCAACCCGGGGCUCCGUCUGUGAUCAAACCGCCUUCUAACUAAUAUUUAGUUAUUUAAAUCAGAACAAUCUAACUUACCGUAAUCACUAAUGUUACUGUGAUCAACACACUGGCCACAUACAAUUUUUUUAGGGACAAAUGCAACUUUACUACUACUUAAAUCCACUAGUUUAACCUUUUAAACGCCAAACGGCGCAUCCAUUUGUCGUGCCAAUGACGCCCCGGGGGUAAAUUUUUGUGAAUAAAUAAUGCCAACCUAAAAGUCGAGUGUUUUUCAGUAGAUUUUCAUCAAAAAACGAUCGACGACAAAUGCCUUCUUUGGCGUCGUUGUCACAAUUUUACGAUGACGUCAAUUGCCGUGGCGUUCAAAAGGUUAAAAUGUAGCAUUACGGUGAUUCAAGCCCAUGUAACCAUUGUUAGUCGGGUACGUUAUAUCCGCAGUUACCAGUUACCUAUGCCGAAACUAAGGUGUGGUCAUAUAGCAAUAAAAUACGUUUGAGAUUAAAAAUGUGGAAAUUAAAUUCCUGAUUAUCAAGGUGGGACCAAAUAUUUGGGCCUAACUACAAAGAAUAUAAUUAUUUUUAAAAAGAAUUUGUAUGGUAAGCAAAGGCCCGUUUACACUGUCCAACUUGCCAUGCAUGACAUCGAAAACUCCCAGCAACACUGCCUGUUUUACAUCGUACAAUAUUUUGUACAGUAAAUUUAAUUUAAGUAUCAAAUAAGUUGAAUUUAGUUUAUCACCUUAGGGACGAAUUUUCAUUUGUAUAUAAAAUAAAAUUAAGAAAGAUAA